AUGACUUUAAAUGUUAUAAAUAAAAGAAGAGAAGAAGACGAUACUUGGAAUGAAAUCAAACUAAAUUUUGCAGCUCAGUGUCACAACACUGUCUCAAUGACAUAUCAUCGUCUUCGUCUGAUGCUUUUAUGUCAAAAGGAAAGCAAUAAAAACGAGUCAGGAGUAAAUAAUGUGUUAUCAAUGAGGGAUAAUUUGACGUGCAGAAUGAAGUAG